GUGUAAUGUGAGUGUUUCAUUUUGUGCUAGAAAUCCUGAAUUCUUCUCACACAUACACACACAUACUGUCUUACAUAUACACUAACACUGGAAAGUGAGGAGGCGCUUUUGAGAGUUUGGAGGAGCGUUGUAAUCGAAUCCUGCGGGAGAUGGAGGGUUCUCUGACAGCCCACGAUAGAGUGGGCGUCCAAGACUUUGUACUGCUAAAUGCCUACACCAGCGAGGCAGCUUUUCUGGACAACCUGAGGAAACGCUUCAGUGAAAACCUCAUAUAUACUUACAUCGGCACCCUCCUCGUCUCCAUUAACCCCUAUAAGGAGUUGGACAUAUACAGCAAAAAGCAAAUGGACAUAUACAUGGGAGUCAAUUUUUUCGAGUUGCCACCGCACAUCUUUGCUCUUGCUGACAAUGUCUACCGCACCAUGAUCAGUGAGACCAACAACCAUUUUAUCCUCAUCUCUGGAGAGAGUGGCACAGGCAAAACAGAGGCUUCUAAAAAAAUCCUGCAGUUCUAUGCAGUCAGUUGCCCCAGUACUAAACUGCUGGACAAUGUGAGGGAUCGUCUCCUUCGCUCCAACCCUGUGCUGGAGGCUUUUGGGAAUGCCAAAACGCUAAAAAACGACAACUCCAGUCGCUUUGGAAAGUACAUGGACAUUCAAUUUGAUCACCUGGGAGGUGCUGUCGGCGGACACAUACUGAGCUAUUUACUGGAGAAGUCAAGGGUGGUCCACCAAAACCAUGGCGAGAGAAACUUCCAUAUUUUCUAUCAGUUAGUUGAAGGUGGGGAUGAGGAGCUUCUUCGCUGGCUUGGUCUAGAGCGAAACUCUCAAAAUUAUAGGUACCUAGUCCAGGGAGCAUGUGCCAAAGUGAGCUCCAUCAAUGAUAAGAGUGACUGGAAAACAAUCCAGAAAGCUCUAUCAGUUGUUGAUUUCAGUGAGAAGGAUAAAGAGAAUUUGUUUGCAAUCAUUGCCAGUGUACUCCAUCUGGGAAACGUCCGCUUUGAGGCUUCCCAAGGUUAUGCCACACUCAACAGCAGUGAGGAGAUACACUGGCUUUCUAAGUUGUUAGGGAUUCCCACCCAUGUGUUACGGGAGGGUUUAACUCACAGAAAGAUUGAAGCCAAAGCAGAGGAGGUCCUAAGUCCCUUCACUGUUGAUCAUGCAAAAUAUGCCAGAGAUGCACUAGCCAAAGCCAUCUAUGGACGCACUUUCACAUGGCUCAUCAACAAGACCAAUGAGUCAUUAUCAAACAAGGACUCAACCAGGAAGACAGUUAUUGGCCUCCUUGACAUCUAUGGAUUUGAAGUGUUCGAUGUGAACAGUUUUGAGCAGUUCUGCAUAAAUUACUGCAAUGAGAAACUCCAACAGCUUUUUAUCCAGCUCACCAUCAAAUCUGAGCAAGAAGAGUACGAGAUGGAGGGCAUAGAGUGGGAACCAGUGCCAUACUUCAACAACAAGAUAAUUUGUGACAUGGUGGAGGAGAAACAUAGAGGCAUUAUUUCAGUGCUGGAUGAAGAGUGCUUGCGUCCAGGCAAAGCCACCGAUUUCACAUUCCUGGAGAAGCUAGAAGAGAAGUUGGCUGGACAUCCACAUUUUGUCACGCACAAGCUGGCUGACCAAAAGACACGUAAGAACCUGGACCGAGGGGACUUCCGCCUGCUCCACUACGCUGGAGAGGUGACCUAUAGUGUGACCGGAUUUCUUGACAAGAAUAAUGAUUUCCUGUACAGGAACAUCAAAGAUGUUAUGCGGCAGUCUCAAAAUCCCAUAAUACAGCAGUGUUUCCCCACCACAGAGCCGGACAGCAAGAAAAGGCCUGAAACGGUGGCCACCCAAUUUAAAAGCAGCCUGGCUGGCCUGACAGAAAUCCUAAUGUCCAAGGAGCCAUGGUAUGUGCGCUGCCUGAAACCUAAUGAGGGCAAGCAUCCAGGCCACUUUGAUGAUGUGUUGGUGAGGCACCAGGUCAAAUACCUGGGGCUGAUGGAGCACCUGAGGGUGAGGCGUUCUGGCUUCGCUUAUCGCAGGAAAUAUGAGCUCUUCCUCAAAAGAUAUAAGCCUCUGUGUCCAGACACUUGGCCCAAUUGGAAAGGAACAGCAGCUGAAGGCGUGGAACGGCUUGUAAAACAUCUGGGCUACAAAUCGGACGAGUACAAGAUGGGCAGGACCAAAAUCUUUAUUCGGCAUCCCCGGACACUGUUUGCCACUGAAGAUGCCUUUGACAUCUGUAGACAUGAACUGGCUACAAGAAUCCAAGCAAAAUAUAAAGGCUACAGAAUGAAAGGAGACUACCUGAGACAGAAAGAGGCAGCUACCAAGUUUGAAGCUUGUUGGCGAGGUCUGCAAGCAAGAAAGGAGCGAGAGAGGAGGGCCUGGGCUGUCAAAGUUAUCAAGAAAUUCAUCAAAGGCUUCAUGAACAGGAACCAGCCUGUUAGCUUGGAUAACUCGGAUUAUCUGGCCUUCGUUCGGCAAAGCUACCUUACACGACUUAAAGACAAUCUGCCCAAAUCUGUGCUAGACAAAACCUCCUGGCUAACGCCUCCACCCAUCAUGCAAGAGGCAACUGCACUCCUGCAAAAGCUGUACACACGACACUUGGUGCGGAAGUAUGUGCGUGGGAUAACUGCACAGCGGAGAGCCCAGCUGCAAAUCAAAGCACUGGCCAGCAACAUAUUCAAAGGAAAAAAAGAGAACUAUCCCCAGAGUGUGAGGCAACCUUUUGCUGACACCAGGAUAGGUGAACAGGAUAUGAACAUACGUGUGCUGCAGGUGAUGUGCCCUGAAGGCAUCAAGUACAGUGUUCCAGUGAUAAAGUAUGACAGGAAUGGCUUUCGACCCCGUUUCCGACAGCUAGUUUUCACUCAGAUAGCUGCUUACUUGGUGGAGGAGGCUAAAAUCAAACAAAGAGUGGAUUACAGAUCACUGAAAGGUGUAUCUGUCAGCAACCUGAGCGACAACUUCCUAAUUCUCCAUGUCAUGUGUGAAGAUAUUAAGCAAAAAGGUGACCUGGUCCUUCAGUGCAACUACAUUUUUGAGGCUUUGACCAAACUGUGUUCAGUGACAAAAAACCACAACCUUGUAAGAGUGGUUCAUGGGAGUGUGAGGUUUGACAUCCAGCCUGGCAAAGAGGGGGUGAUAGAUUUCAAGAGCAGCAGUGAAUCCAUGGUGUACAGGGCGAAGAAUGGACAUCUAAUGGUGGAAUCUGCUGCUAAAUCUUGAUGACCUCUGCCUACUGGACUAUUGACCACAACAUAAACCAACUGGAUCAGUAGACAGACUAGUACAUUUUGAGUCACAAGCAUUUUGGAUGCAUUCUGGAAAUCUCUAGAUUUCAUCUCAGAUCCACUGAACAUGAAGUAUCACAUAUAGCUUCAAACUUGUACAAAUAAACAUUAAAUUAUGAAUUGCCCUACAGUACAAUUAGCUUUCCAUUGUUUAGCAAAACAGUGUUACAGUGUUUUCUAUCCAUACAGUCCACUAGUCAUG